AUGUCUUAUUUUUAAAUAACUGCUAUCUUAUGCAAUAUUAUAUUCUUUGUAAACGCAUAGGAGUUAAUUUAAUCUUAAUAAACUAUAUUUUAAGCUCUACCUAAACAAGUAAUAACUAUUAAUCAAAAUUAAACUGUUGUACCAACUCAAAUGCUUAUAGUAGAAGAUUCAUAAUUAAUCUUAUUUAUCACUCAAGAAAAUUAUAUAGCGCUUUUUGAUGAGAGUAAAAAUAAGAUGAAAAUUAUAAGAACUACUGAAUAAGUUCAGUCAAUUAUGAUAUUUGAUAAUUAAUAGUAUUUAUUAGCAGCAAUGAUCACCUAUGCAUCAGUCUAUUAAAUUCAGUAAGACAUAAAUAAAGAUUAAUUUCUUGUUGAAAGGUAGACCUUAAGUUUAGAUCUUAAAAUGAUUAGCAUGGUAUACCUUUCUAUCACAAAUUAUAUUCUUUUUUUAAGUUAAGAUGGGAUAGUGAUAAUCUUUUAAUAUCUUGGAAAAGGGAAUAUAUCUUAAAAAAAUAAGCUUUUAUUCGAUGAAUUCAAUUUUUUAUCUGCAUAAGUAACUCAAGAUGAGAGAUUUAUGUUUUCUAGUUUAUCAUUAAAAGACAUAGCUAUAUUUUAAAUAGAAAAGAAUUUCAAUAUUGAUGAUACUGUAGAAAUUUCCAAUCUAGCCUAUUUAACUAGUAUUUAAUGUGACUAUUGGAUUGUCUAGCUCAUCAUUCUCAAAAAUUUUAUCUACUACAUCGAUCCAUGGUAAGGUCUCUAUUUUGCAGAUUUAUCUCCUUUAUAUUAAAAUAAUACACAGACUAUUAAAAAUAUUAAACCUACUCAAUUUGGAUUAGGAAGUGUCAAUUUAAGUCCAACUACUUAUUGUAUGGCAAUUUCAAGUGAUCAAAAAUAUCUUUACUUAGGUGUAAGAUCUUAGGGUAUUUUAAUUUAUGACAUUUCAAACAUUUCAAAUCCUAUUUGGUAUUAUUAGCUCUUUGCUUAAGGCCAAGCUUAUUAUUUACUUAUUUCUAAUAAAGGAUAAGCUCUUUAUUACUCUAAUUCUAAUGGUUUAUAUCAAUACCAAUAAACUAAGUUAUCUUUCACAAAUAAUACACCAAAUAUGUAUAAUUCUCAUAAGUCAAAAAGUUUGUUUGAUGGACCUCCGCUUUACAAAUGGAGAUGCUAAAUAUUACAAAAGUCAAAUGCUUUGUUUGCUGCUUUUGAUAUAGAUAUGAUUUAGAGAUUUUAAAUUAUUAAAAACAACCAAUUAAAAGGAGAUAUUUAUUUAUAACAGAUAGACACCCUUCCAUACGCAAAAGACAUUAUCACUUCUACACCUUAUAUUGAAACAGUAUGUAUUGAUAAAAAUGAAGAUUUUUUAUACAUUCCUAUAACUGAUGAAUCAAACAUUAUUUUGAAAUAUUAAAUUCCAAGUUCGACUAAUUCAUCUGCCCCUUUGCAAUACAUAUAGUCUUUACAAUACAAUAAUGUUUAGUUUGCUGAAUCCUUAAAAAUAAGCUAAGAUAAUAGAUAUAUGGUAAUAGCUUAUUCAGUUGGAGUGAUGAUUGUAGACAUUGAAAAGUUUGAAGUGCUUUCUCUUUUAACUAUCUAAGACAUGUAUAGUAAUUGUUAUGGAGCAGAAUUUACUAGAGAUACAAAUUAUAUAUUUGCUACUGCUAGAAACAUAGGGAUAUGGAUUAUAAAUGCUAAGGAUAAAUAAAAUCCAUUUAUUAUUUAAGUUUUAAAAACCAAAGCUGCAGAAACUGUCAUAGCUUCUAAGUUAUAUGAUAUGAUGUAUUGCUUAGACGGAUUUAAUGGAUUACUUAUAUUUGAUACUUCAGCUCUUCCUAAAGUUGUAAUACUAAGUAAUCUUAAAUUAUAAGGAUGGGUUAAUGAUAUUACUUUAUUGAGUGAUGAAAAUUUUGGGAUAAUAUCAACUAUGGAUGCAGGAAUGCUAUCUCUCGUUAAUUUAAAAGAUAAAAGCAAUCCAAUUCUAAUAUCUUCAUAUUAGAUAGGUUAAUAAAAUUCCUAAUCUACUUGCGUCGACCCCAACAUGUAAUACUUACUUAUAUUGAAUUCAUAAGGUAUCAGAUAUUUUCCUCUUGACAGUGACAUUCUUAUUCAUCAUGAGUUCUCAAUUAAAUAGUUUGACUAAAAUUCUAAAGGAAGGGUAGUUUUAAGCUAAGAAGAUUUCUUGCUGGUUGGAUAGACAUAUGAACUUAGAUUAAUCCCACUAUACCAAUAACCAAAUUAAUUAAUAAAUAAUAUAUUUAUAUAUUAAAACGAACAAAAGCAAGCUAUACCUAGUUGGAUUAAUUAAAUAAACAAACUUUAUUUAGAAAUAAUUAUCCCUAAAGAAGCUGUUAGUUUUUCAAGUAAUUCUAUUAUUACUCUGCUGGUCCAAACCCAGUUUUAUUUGAAUAAUUCCUCUUUUAUUUUAAAUUCAACAUCUUUUGUUGUAUCUCCUAGCCUUAGUUGUAAAAUUUACUAGUAUUUAAAAACAUGUGGUUUCAUUAAUAGCUAAGAUUUAGUAACGGAUUUGUAUAAUCCAGAAGUCACACUUAAUUUUAAUGAUUUCGGAAAUGAUUUAACUGACCCUAAUUAGUAAAUUCAAGUAUUAAGAAUGGCAAGAAAUAUUCUAUAAAAUACUAUAGAUUAUAGUCCUAUUUAAUUUAAAGUUUAGAGCUCUCUAAAUUAUAUUUUAGAUUAAAAAAAUAAUUCCUUCCAAGUCCAUUCAAUAUCUACCUAUGUGAGCAUUUAGUUUUCAUUCAGCGCUGCUUCAUCUUUAAUUUUUGUAUAAAAAGAGUAUCCGAAUGUUAUUUCUUAUCGUGAUGACUAAAAUACCACUUUGAAUAUUUAAUCAUCUGUAGAGAGUAUUAAUAAUAUUUUAAGAGGCAAUAUUCUAUAUCAUAUAAUUGAUUGCUAAAAUAAUGAUAAUAUUAAUAAUCAGUAUUAAGUUAAUUUACUUAUUUAAGAUGGUAUAAAUUCUAAUAUUAAUGGUAAAUUUAAUGUGAGCGAUUUAAGUUUUCUUAAAUAAAAAUAAAAUAUUAAAUAGUUAAAAGAAUUACAGUCUUAAAUUGAAAAAAUAUCUAGUGAUAGCACAUUUGCUAUAGAAUCCACAUUUUUUAUUUAAUUUGAUCACAAUACCUUCAUAGAUCCUGAUGGAAUCCCUCUUUCUUACUCAUUAUUAAUAUAUUAAAAUAAUAAUUAUUCAUCUAUUCUCCCAGAAUAUUUUUUGAAGUUUGAUGAAUAAAAUCUGAGAAUGACAGGUACUCCAUAAGCAUCUAAUCUCUUUGAAAUAAUACGCCUUAGAUUAGUUGUUUCAAAUGGUUAUAACUAAUUAUCAUCAGACUUUUACAUAAAAAUUUAUAAUAUUUCUUUAACCUACUUAUUAAAUUUAUUGCUAAAAUAUAUUGGACCAGUUGCAUUUAUUUUAGGAAUUUAUAGCUAAGAGUUAGCGCAAAUCAAUAAGAUAUUCAGAAAAAAGAUUACUUUAAUAGAAAACGAACUGAUUGUAGCGUAGGCUUUUUUGAAAGAAUUUCAGAGCAAAAAUAGAUUCAAAAAGAAGACAAUAUAAAUACAAAAAAAUUACUUUGGAAAUUAAGGUGAUAUUGCUUCUUUUGAAUAGAUUGAUCCAGAGAGUUUUAGUUUUAGACCUGCUUUUUCUAGCAGUAAUGCUUUUUUUAGUUCAUAAAUAUAGUUAAAUUCUACAUAAAUAGGUUUUAAGAAAUAAAAUGAUGCUUCUCUUUGCCUUCUCUAAAUUUCUUAAAUGCUUAAAGGUAGUAAUAAUAAUUAAAUUAAAUAUAUUUCCAUAAAUAAAACUAUAAAAAAGAAGAAGAAAUUAAGAAAAAAUAAAAUAAAUACAAACUAAAAAGUGCAAAAAUAAUAUUUUAAAAAUUUAACUCUGCUUUUUUCAAGAAAUACUUUAAGUAUAAGUAAAGAAAAAGAAAACCUAAGUGAACAUGAAAAAAAAAGAAUUUAAUUUGUAAAGAAGAGUAUAUAAGAGGCUAAAAUAAAUAAUUUUUAUGAUUAAGAUUAAAUAUUUAAGCUGUGCUACUCUCAUCCACAAAUAGUAAAUAAUCUCCUUUCAUCAACAAGUUUAACCCAUAAUUUACAAUAUUAUAAUCAAAUUAAAUUAUUUAACAUCAAGAUAAGUGCUGAUAAAUUAUUUUCUAAAAUGAUUUAGAAUGACUUAAAAAUAAAGUACUAAGGAAAUUACUUGAGAAUAGCUGAUUUUACAAAAGAAUAUUACAACAAUCAUAGCAGAUUUAAUUAUUGCUUAAAUGCUAAGGUGGUAGAUUAUCUUCUUUAAUUAGAUAUAAGAACGAGUAUUGUUUACUCUUACUUAAAGGAAUACUCAUAAAAAUAUAUGAAUGUAACAGAAAAUGAUUGGUACAAAGCUUUCGUUCAAAUUGAGCCAACAAAUGAGUUAGACUGUCAUGGAAUGUUAAUACCGUUUUCAAAUGUUAGUGUAAAUGAAAGUAGUAUCUUGAACUGCUUGAGCAAUCUUGAUUUAUAUCAUAGCGUGGACUAACCGUUUGACGAAAUUUGGUAGCAUGGUAUUAGCCCAGUUCUCCUUAAAUAAGCCCUUAUAUUUGAGUCUCUAGGAUUAUUAAAUAACAACUUAAAUAAAAGAGUGAUUAAUAAAUCAAAAGAUUGCAAGAGUGGACUUAUAAUUCUAGAAGGAAUCCCUACUUGUUCAGAUCAUGAAGAAAUAUUGAUUAGGAUUUAUAAUGUUAAAAACUAUAUAAUAAUGUAAUUUAAUCUUAAAAUUCUUCAUGAAUAGUCUUAAGGGCCAAUCGCUCAACAAAAUAUUCCUUUGUUUUAAGCUUAAAAUUAGACAGAAAUUACAAGAGAAACUCCUAUUAAGCAAGUCAAGAAUUCUUUACUUACUAAUUUAAUCCCUAGAUUUAAAAAAGUAUAAAUUAGCCUCAUUAAGAUGCUUAUAUUUUGGUGA